AUGGCUAAUGCUGCGCGAGGUCCGACGGUCGGCCGACCGUCGCAAUUUGCCAACGAGGAGCAGCGGGCCGUUCACUCCUGGUCCAGAAUCGCGUCGGCCGGCCACGCCGUCCUCCUGGAGGCGGUGAAGAUCCUCAGCCCCACGUCUCGGGAUCUCUCCAGCACCGAAGAGCUGGUCACCUUCCUGCAGGAGCUGAGCGAGGAGGGCCACAAGCCCACCGUGCUACGUAGCAAGGACGUGUACGGCUACCGCUCGUCCACCACCCAGCCCCUGACCCAGGACAGGCUCAAGCCGCCCGCCCGGAAUGUCAAGCCCGUAGCCAAGAAACGGCGAAGGGUUCGCGUGAAGAAACGAGAGGUGCACCCUUCCUGGAACGUCUUGCGAAGGGGCAACCCCAGGAUCCAGGGGGUUCCGCCUCCCGAGCUACUGAUGGACCAGCGCGCUAUCCUCUACAACAAGACGCCCGUUUGGACUUCGGAGAUCUCCCAGGCGCCCCCGGUACAGUCGUGCCUCAGACUGACUAAUAUCAAAGGUCUGUCCGGUUGCCACACGGCCAGACUCCAGAUCCAAACCACGUGGGACGUGCCCCAUAAGACGCUCCCGGCUAUCGUUUUACAAAGGCCUCCCCCACAAGCACUUUCAGGAAUACCGUUGCAGCCUUCCCAGAACGGCGCCGUGGCCUUGUUCAGCCAGAAGAACCUGUCGUGCCCCGUCCGACUGGACGGCGCCCUCAUCGGCGACUCGGCCCCGGUGUUCCACACCAACGGCCGGGCUUUCCCGCAGACUCACACGGAGCUCACCAGCAACGGCUGGGGGGGCGACGGCCUCCGCCGGAACGGACUGAGCCCGAAAGAACUGACGCUCCCCACGCGGCAGAGAAACCGCUGGCGAGACAAGAGGCGCUUACGCUCCAAGGUGGUCAAAGUGGACGACUCCCGCUCGGUGGACGAGGCCCGAUGGAAAGCGCAGAAAGUCCUGCAGGUCAACCUGUCCCCCGUGAUCCAGAUCCGCCCGCUCAACCACGUGCUGAGUGACUUCCGAUACCAGAACUGA